AUGACGAUGGACGGGGUGAUUGCCAACGACUCUAAUAUGUCUCCCCCCUCGCCCCCACCUCAACCAACGGAGCGCCCUCCAAGCCCACCUCCACCUCCUCCUGAGGACUCGGCCGCUCCGCCGCCGCCGCCAGACACCACAGCUCCCCCGCCUCCUCCAGAAGAUAUCCCUCCGCCGCCUCCCAUCGAGAACACAAAAAAGAAGCAGGGAUGGGGUGCAAAGAAGGCUGCUAUUACACCGUUGAGUGUAGAAGAGCUGAUUCGCAAGAAGAAGGAAGCAGAUGCGGCAACAGCCAAGCCCAAAUUCCUAUCCAGAGCCCAACGGGAAAAAUUAGCUCUGGAGAAGCGAGCCCAAGAGGUUGAGGCAGAGCGACAAGCCAAAGCACGCGCUAAUGGCGCCGGCCGCGACGAUUUCACAACAACUCCAUCUACAGCGAACCCUCGAGGUGACUCGAAUCGCAAUGUUCCCACUGGGCCGCGAGCGAUGCGCGACGAACCGCCAACGGGACCUUCUUCCAUGCGCAAGGGCGAUAGACAAUCCAAUCGGAAUCAAGACAUGCCACCACCACCCAAAAAGGGCGAAAAACGCUUAACUGAGGAAGAGGGGAUGGCUGCACAAGCUGCUUUGACAAAAACACGAUACAUGGGAGCAGACGUGACGUCAAAUUUCUCUGCCAAAAAGAAGCGCAAGCGCACGACAGAUCGCAAGUUCAACUUUGAAUGGAAUACCGAGGAGGACACGAGUGGCGACUACAACCCAUUAUAUCAAGACCGACAUGAAGCCAACUUCUUCGGCAGAGGACGUUUAGCAGGGUUUGGCGACGACGUCGCUGAUGAUGUGGCGCGCAAGUAUGCGGCGGCCUUGGUCACUCGCGACCAGGAAGCUGGCAGCAUACGUGCGAAGGAGAUCAUGGAAAUGGAACGCCGGCGACGAGAGGACAGCACGCGCAACCAGCUGGAUAAGCACUGGAGCGAAAAACGUUUGGAUCUAAUGCGCGAGCGUGACUGGCGUAUCUUCAAGGAAGACUUCAACAUUGCUACUAAGGGUGGUAGUGUGCCAAACCCUAUGCGUUCAUGGGAAGAAAGUCUACUACCAAAGCGUUUAUUGGAGCUUGUUGAUCGCGUUGGCUAUAAAGAUCCCACGGCUAUUCAGCGGGCGGCUAUUCCGAUUGCAAUGCAGGCCCGAGAUCUCAUUGGUGUUGCUGUUACAGGUUCCGGUAAAACGGCAGCAUUCCUCCUGCCACUUUUAUGCUAUAUCUCUGAGCUACCACGGCUUGAUGAGAACGAGUGGCGCAAAAACGAUGGACCUUACGCAAUUGUUCUAGCACCCACUCGUGAAUUGGCGCAGCAAAUCGAGAUUGAAGCUAAGAAAUUCACACAGCCCCUUGGUUUCAAUGUCGUCAGUAUUGUCGGUGGACACUCGCUUGAAGAGCAAGCCUACAGCUUGCGCGAUGGUGCGGAAAUCAUCAUUGCUACCCCCGGUCGUCUAGUUGACUGUAUCGAACGUCGCAUGCUGGUACUCAGUCAGUGCUGCUAUGUGAUCAUGGAUGAAGCCGAUCGCAUGAUCGAUCUUGGUUUCGAGGAGCCCGUCAAUAAAAUCCUCGACGCCCUUCCAGUCACGAACGAGAAGCCCGACUCAGAAGCAGCGGAAGACUCGCGCGCCAUGAGCCAACACCGCUACCGUCAAACUAUGAUGUACACAGCCACUAUGCCUGCGGCGGUCGAGCGCAUUGCUCGCAAAUACCUCCGCCGACCAGCUAUCAUCACAAUCGGUGGUGUCGGUGAAGCCGUCGACACAGUCGAACAACGCGUCGAGAUGAUCGGUGGCGAAGACAAGCGCAAGAAGCGCCUUGGCGAGAUCUUAUCGUCGGGCGACUUCGGGCCUCCAAUUAUUGUUUUCGUCAACAUCAAGCGAAACUGUGAUGCCAUCGCCCGCGAGAUCAAGCAGAUGGGCUACUCUUCUGUUACUCUUCACGGUUCUAAAACACAAGACCAACGUGAAGCUGCCUUGGCCUCCGUGCGCAGCGGCGCAACAAACGUUCUCGUGGCAACUGAUCUCGCUGGAAGAGGUAUUGAUGUUCCGGACGUUUCGCUGGUUGUUAACUUCAACAUGGCUACUUCGAUUGAGAGUUACACCCACCGUAUUGGUCGUACUGGUCGUGCCGGCAAGAGUGGUGUUGCCAUUACCUUCCUUGGUAGCGAGGACAGCGAUGUGAUGUAUGAUCUCAAGCAAAUGCUUAUCAAGUCGCCCAUCUCGAGGGUUCCUGAGGAGCUGCGAAAGCACGAAGCGGCGCAGUCGAAGCCCAAUCGUGGUGCGGGAGGGAAGAAGAUCGAGGACAGUUCUGGAUUUGGAGGUAAGGGAGGAUGGGCAUGA